AACUGCUGUUAAUGGUUAAUGCGCCGGCAAUUUAAACUGCCCCGGUGCAGGGGCGGGCGCUCCCCCUGAGGUGUGCGGAGGGAAGGAUCGGUGCCCUCGGCCCUGGCGGCACCGGGGGCUCCGGGCUCCCCCGGCCGGGCUCCUGUCCCCAGCGCGGGUGGCCCCUGAGCCGAGUCGAGCGGGGCCUGAGCCCGGGAGCGCCAUGUACGAGCUCAACGAGAGCAGCUUCGACCCCAUCACCUUUGUGCUGACGGGCAUCCCGGGCAUGGAGGAGUCCCACGUCUGGAUCUCCGUGCCCUUCUGCCUGAUGUACCUCACCGCCGUGCUCGGCAACCUGCUGCUGCUCUUCCUCAUCGCCACGGACCGCAGCCUGCACGAGCCCAUGUACCUGUUCCUGGCCAUGCUGGCCCUCUCGGACCUGCUGCUGUCCACCGCCACCGUGCCCAAAAUGCUGGCCAUCUUCUGGUUCGGCGCCAGGGAGAUCUCCUUCGACGCCUGCAUCGCGCAGAUGUUCUUCACCCACUUCAGCUUCAUCGUGGAGUCCUCGGUGCUGCUGGCCAUGGCCUUCGACCGCUACGUGGCCGUGUGCGCCCCGCUGCGCUACGGGGCCCUGCUGACGCCCUCGGCCAUCGCCAAGGCGGCGGCGGCCGCCGUGGCCCGCGGGCUGUGCAUCAUGUGCCCGCCCGUGUUCCUGCUGAAGCGCCUGCCCUACUGCGGGCACAACGUCAUGCCCCACACCUACUGCGAGCACAUGGGCAUCGCCCGCCUGGCCUGCGCCGACAUCCGCGCCAACGUGUGGUACGGGCUGACCACGGCGCUGCUCUCCUCGGGGCUGGACGUGGUGCUCAUCGCCGCCUCCUACGCGCUCAUCCUCAGGGCCGUGUUCCGCCUGCCCACCCCGCGCGCGCGCCUCAAAACCCUCGGCACCUGCGGCUCCCACCUCUGCGUCAUCCUCAUGUUCUACGUGCCCGCCUUCUUCUCCUUCCUCACGCACCGCUUCGGCCGCCAGGUGCCCGGGCAGGUGCACAUCCUGCUGGCCAACCUCUACGUGGUGGUGCCGCCCAUGCUCAACCCCAUCGUCUACGGGGUGAGGACGCGGCAGAUCCGCGAGCGCGUCGCCCGCCUGCUCUGCCCCGCGGGCGCCCGCUGUGCCUGCCCCGGCUGGGGGGGCGGCUGCUGAGCAGGGAGGGCUCUGGAUGGCUCUGGAGAGCAGCACCAAGGCUGCAGCACUGCUGGGCCUGGAGGAGCCAGGCUUGCCCGAGGCCUUCCAGGGAAGCUGGAGGUGGUGGGAUUUCUGGAAGCGUGGGCUCGGCUCAUCAGCACCUCCACUGCUGCUGGUUUCUCCUGGAGCUGCUUCCCCUGAAUUUCCUUCACUGGCACAGGCUGGGCAGGUUCAGCUGAGAAGCAUCCAGGCACUUGGACCUGCUGACUCACUGUCACCUGCUACAGCUGGUUAUGUUUGCUGCCCUACAGCUUCAUUCCUGCCUGUUCUUCACCUUUCCAACAGAGUCCAGGCUGUGGACACCUUGUUGGUCACCAGACUGAAGCAUGGCACACCAAGCAUGGCUGGAUGGGCCCCACAGUGCUCACAUGGCACAGAGGAGGCUCAUCCUCCUGCCCUCAUUGCUGAGGGACCCUGGCACUUCUGCUGCUGAAGGUGUUUCCCUGCUGAAGUGCCCUGAGAGCUUGGGAAAGGCUUUAUUGUCCCGUGUUUGAGAGAAACAUUUCCCCUAAACCGUGACUCCAAAUGCAAUUCAGGCCUUCAGAGGGGUGUGAAAAGGGACAGAGGUUUCCUGCGCCCGCCUCGUCCCGCGGGGAUGCUUUCUGUCUUGGCAGUACAGCUCUGCCUCGUCCAGGCAGUGACCAGGGAGUUUUGGCUGUGGUGCUUAGGGAGUCCCUUCUGGGGCUCCACAGCUCUCACAGCAAUGCAGGAGUGGGAUGGUCUGACCCUGUGCCACCUGUGUCACCCACGAAGGGCCCGGUGUGUUCCUGGUGGCACUCCUGAGAUGGAGCCGAUCAGCCACUUCUGCGGAGUGUCCCUUGGCCCUGACUGGGGGCAGUCCCACAGCCCGGCUGGGCUGCAGAGCCCUGUCAGACCUGCCCAGGUGGGGAAAGCACUGCUGCACACCUGGCUGGGCUGCAGAGCCCUGUCAGACCUGCCCAGGUGGGGGAAGCACUGCUGCACACCUGGCUGGGCUGCAGAGCCCUGUCAGACCUGCCCAGGUGGGGAAAGCACUGCUGCACACCUGGCUGGGCUGCAGAGCCCUGUCAGACCUGCUCAGGUGGGGAAAGCACUGCUGCACACCUGGCUGGGCUGCAGAGCCCUGUCAGACCUGCCCAGGUGGGGAAGGCACUGCUGCACACCUGGCUGGGCUGCAGAGCCCUG